AUGGGCGAUGCAGGCUCCAGGUGGGGAACCACUCUCGACGGAACACUUAUAACUGGAGAGAGCAAAGAACUUGGCAGCAGAGAUGAAUAUAAACUAUCUCUUGGGCGGUAUCCUUCCGUCCUCCGAGUAAAAUGGUGUCCCAUUGUCCUGAGUUUUUCGUUUCCAACAAAGCAGUUAAAGGCGAAAGAUCCACUGGCACACGCUCGUUCACAGCUGGAGGAGCUAGAUAUAAAGACGGUUAUCCCAUAUGUUGUUGGGAAGACUACCCAUGUGGUUCAAAGCAAACGCAACACUGCCAAGGGACUCCAGGCUCUCAUAAACGGGUGUUACCUGGUCCAAGACUCUUUUAUCGAACGCAUAAGAUAUGCUGCAUCCCCCAAAAAUGUAGAGCGUGAAGAAUCUCUUUCUCCUCUGGAGGAAGAUUUUGAUAAUGCAUGGCCGGACCCUACCGAAGACCUCCCUCCCCGCGGAAAUGCGCCUACCGAACUACCUGACAGUGCAUAUAAACCGAAUUCAGAUCGAAUAAACGUAUUUGAAGGCUAUACUUUCGUCUUUAGUGACAAAAAACGAUUUGAGGACCUCCAGGGCCCUAUAUCAAAUGGCCAUGGAAAAGCAUUGUUUUAUGAGGUUGAACCCGGGAAGACAAAGGCCGAGGAUGUUGUGGAUUUUUUAAACAAAGCUGCGGGUGUUAAGGGACUCGCAUGCGAGCAAGAUGGCACUGGAGGAGUAUUGUUUAUGCAGUUCUCCAUCAAGGGUCACGAAGAGUGGUCCAUUGCCAUGGAAAAUAAAGUGGCCGAGUUGACAGGUCAACAACCCGUGGAAGCUAGUGAUUUCUUAGAUGCAAUUCUAAGGAACAAUGCCUCACAGCUAUAUCGACGAUACGAGAAGCGGGGUGACGUACAAUCUACUCCGCCUGCCACAGUUCCAAAUACGGAUCCGGAUCAAAUACAAGAGAUGUCGUCUGGUCCAAGUACUACUGUCCUCGUUGAGGAUAGCCAAAAGGAAGCCCGGGUGCUCAAACGGAAUAAAUCGAAAGGGUACGUUCCAAAGUUCAAGGAUUUUGAUGAUGGGUUUGACAUGGAGUCAAUACCCGUUUACCAGCUUGAGGAUGAUGGCGAGGGAGAAGAAGAUGCACCAAAUAUUAUCCCAGACUCGCUACAUGAAAGGGUCCCCUCAAGUGUUCCAUCUGAAGGGGAAGGAGAUGACACCGUAAUAAACCUCCUACCAGGAACUGCUGCGAUGAAGCAACGAGGAAUCAAAAGGCCGCUGGAGACAAAACAGGUAGCACCGCAACCGCAAAAGGCCAAGAAGCCGAAGCUCGAUCUGAAAGAAGCUGCCCGGCAGCGGCGUGAAGAAGUCGACGAAGCCGCGACAGCUCGUCGACAAGAGGAUGCGAUCUCAUUCCAGGCCAUUGUUGAAGGCAUGGACCUUGUGCAGAUCCAGAAACUCGUCACCGUGGAGGAAAUGGAGGUCAAACCCAGGCAGCCACAUCGCAACACCCCUACUGAUGAGAGUCGAUGGGAUGAGAGGUGGAAUGGCCGUCAAAACUUCAAGAAAUUCCGAAGAAAAGGCAACACCGAAGUAGCUCACCGUCGGCGACCGAUCAUUGUUCCACUGGAAGAAGCUAAGAAGAAAGACUUUGGAAUUGGGGACGAUUAUUGGGGGGCAAGCUCUACACCUCCGGAACGCCAGAGGAGUCCGACCUUAUCAAACAAUAUAGAAUCAAUGGCCACUUCUUUAGAGGUUCCCCAACCUACAGCCCCCGCCACACGCUCAAGGCCACAGAAGAGGUCGAGGGACGAUGAAGAGAGCGAUGAUGGCCUUCGGUUCCGAUUCAGAAGGAAACGCCAGCGAUGA